AUGAAUGAACGGGAGUCCAGCCCCGAGUCGUUGGUCGAAUCGCAAGAGAUAGAGUAUCUCUAUCUUGAACUAGAAACGCCGCUACCCACUCCAUGCAUCACCUUACCCCCAUCUGCUGGCCAGUCUGCACCACCCGAGGCACCAAGUCUAGAGGAGUAUACUUCGCCAUUUCUGUGGCCAAAAUGGCGUAAAUGGAUGAUGACUUGGAUUGCUUGUGGUGUUACAGCUUUAGCUGGUUAUUCCGCGGGUGAAGUGAGUCCGGCAUCUGAGGAGCUAACAAAAGUGUGGGGUAUUAGCACGGUGGUGUAUAACUUGAGCAUUACUAUCUUUUGUAUUGGUUUUGCUCUGUCUCCUAUGAUUCUUGCGCCUUUUUCCGAAAUCAAUGGCCGUCGUCCUAUUUUUGUCGUCAGUGGUAUUGUUUUUGUUGCUUGUCUGAUUGCAUGUGGAGGAACACAUUCCUUCGCUGGUCUGCUACUCGCCCGUUUCUUCCAAGGUUGUGGUGCAUCUACAUUCUCAACUAUGGUUGGCGGUGUCAUCAGUGAUAUCUUCCACGCUGAAGACCGAAACACACCCAUGGCACUCUUCUCUGGAGCUGCAUUGUUUGGAACAGGCCUGGCACCUAUUCUGGCCGGUGCGAUCGUCACGCAUACCACCUGGCGCUGGAUCUACUACUCUCAUGCUAUUGUUUCCAGUGUAUUUGUGGUCAUCAUCUAUUUCUUCUUUAAGGAAACUCGUGGCAGUGUUCUCCUUAGUCGCAAAGCGGGUGCUUUGAAUAAAUACUACGAGAAGCUGGAGGAAGCAGGCCAUGUCGGCGUCAUUAUGUGUACCGAAGGUCAAGAGGCAGAGAAGAGCAUCCGACGUAUUCGAUGGAAGGUCAAGAGCGAUGAGCAGCGCACAUCACUUGUGACAGCCGUCCGAAUCUCCGUGUCUCGUCCCUUCCACAUGCUCUUCACAGAGCCAGUGGUUUUCUUCUUUUCUCUCUGGGUUUCCUUCAGCUGGGCUACCCUAUACCUCCAAUUCAGCUCCAUCCCUCUCGUCUUCCGUAUCAACCACAACUUCAACGUCGAGCAAACCGGUGCCGUCUUCACCUCAAUGUGCGUCGGAGUCAUCAUCAUCACCUGUGUUAGCAUCUACCAGGAAAAAAUCGCCAUGAAAUUCGGUAAACUCUCCUCCUCAGCUGAAGGUCGUCUCUACUUCGUCUGCGUCGAAUCUAUCCUCCUUCCUAUUGGCCUUUUCUGGUUUGGAUGGACUUCUUACCCCUCUGUUCCUUGGAUCGUUCCUGCUAUUGCUGUCGGCUGUUCGACUAUGGGUAUAUUCUCCAUCUACCUCGCUACAUUUAAUUAUCUUGCGGAUACAUACCAUCGGUAUGCUAGCUCCGCUAUCGCUGCACAGUCUUGCUGCCGAAAUCUGCUUGGUGGUGUCUUUCCCCUGGUUACCAGUGCUAUGUUUACGAACCUUGGAUACCCUGAAGCAUCCAGUUUGCUGGGCGCCAUUGGACUUGUCCUCACUCUUGUUCCUUGGGUCUUGGCUUUCUACGGACCAAAGAUCAGAGCACGAAGCAAGAUGGCUAGUGAACUGAGCCACUGA